AUGGAGCCGCCAGUGACGGAAAAGAACUUUGUCACCGUGCAGAGCACCCUUCCAAGUUUACCAUAUCCUCUCGUAUCGGACCGCAGGCACAUCAAGAGCGGGCGGCUGCUUAUCCGUGAGCACCGCGCUAGCGACCUCGAGGCCCUCUAUGAGCUACGACGGCAGCCCGAAGUGAUGGCGUACACACACAAGGGCGUCGUAGACUUGGACCGCGCGGAAACACAAGCUUGGCUAGUAAAGAAGCUAGCGCCACAAGGCAAUGAAAACUUUGACUUUGUCAUUGCAGAUGCCGAUACAGACGUUCUCGUUGGAACGGGGGGCUGCCACCUGCGGGCCGGAAAGGUCGGAUGGCCUGAGCUCGGAUAUAUGCUCCGCAAAGAGGCGCAAGGCAAGGGCUAUGCGACCGAGUUUGUCAACGCGUUCCUGGAAGCCUACUGGGCGCUGCCGAGAAUGCAGACAGACGUCGCGGUAGAUGUCGAGACGAUCGAUCGACAUGAGAACAUGGGCGGCGCCAAGGAGUGUAUCGUGGCCAUCACCCAGGCGCGCAACAAGGCUAGCCACAAUGUGCUUCGUAAAACGGGAUGGAAGCUUGUCAAGGCGUUUGAGGAACCCGACAGGUUCCCAAAGAAUGAUGGGGACAUGGUUACGCUGUACGUGUGGACGUUGACGAAGUCUUCAAAGGCAGCCACAGAUUGCGCUCGAAAAGUUUGA